AAACGUCAAGCUCAACGCCAGAGGUUUCGCGUCCAAGGGACGAAUCGCUGUUCAAUCACGCGGGUGGUGUAAUAUUUAUUCUUCAUCACCUGCGCUUCAGAUGAAUCCGUCAUGGGCAAUGAGUUUAGCAAGCCCGAACCGCCCUCGGGCAGAAGUCGCUCCCUCUCUCCGCUUCCACGCGACGACGAACUUUCGGAUGCCGAGGACGAUCUCCGACAGUUGCCGUCGACGAUGCCUGCUGCUGUAAUGACAGAAGAUUUGAAACCGGCGCUCUCUCCACCUCCCGAGCCGCCUAAAUCGAACGACAAGUCGCCGCCUUCUCGAGACUCUCGAAAGAGCGUCCUUUCCCCAGAGCCUCAUCUCGCCAGGUCGCGCUCUAGUUCUCCCGACGAGAAACGCAUAAGCGCAACCCAGCCGGUUCGCUCUGCAAUCCGCGAUGGAUCUCCGGCCAAAUUGCUCCAGUCCGCAACGCAGCCCGAGAUAUCUGAGGCACAGGAGUCUCAUUCCUCGAAGCGGCGUUCAAAAGAAGCCAAGGCUAAGCGGAAGCGGGCAGAAGACAGGCAAAGCCUUGCCGACGGAGAGACAAACUUACACGAAAGCACCCCAAAGAAGAAACGUAAACGUCGCUCUGACGCCCGGAGGCAAUCCGCCGGGGUAGAUGAAACGCCUGCCUUGGUUGCAUCUGAACCUACAACUGCUAUAGAAAAAGUAGUAUCCCCUUACGCCCGACCGACGUCCUCAUCAGCCAGUGCAGGGCGGGAUGGAGAUAGUGGAAAGGACAAAGUUCCCAUCACGGGAACGGCUAGCAGAUCGAUGUCCGACUCAGAAGAUGAAGCCCCUCCAAGCGCGCAACCGCCCUCAGAAGACGACUGGACGGGCAGCUCCAAACCCCGGAAAAGGCGGAGACUGUCCUCUGACGGCAACAUGGGCGGUCAUGCAGUGGAGUCAUUCAACGAACGACUGGACCACAUGGGAAGCGGGGCAAGCGCGACAAACGGGACAGCGAAUGGUAUUGAUGUCCCAGCCUCGCCUAGCGCUGGCAUCAAGGCGGAGCGCGAGGAAAGUCCGGAGCCAAAUGGAUCUCGUGGGCACGAGCCCCAUUUACUUUCGCCCGUUGCCACAACUUCGCUUGGGCGUCCCAGGGCACUGCCUACCGGUUCUUCACCGCCGCAGUCCGAUUCCGGUUCCCCUGAAGCCGAUGACAUGGUCAAGUCGGAACCCGGGGUGGAUGCGGACAUGCAAGAUGGCGAGCCGCAGGACCAAGAUGAUAACCGGCGUACAUCUGGCGUCAUCCAAAGUCAGGAGGACGAUGACAACAUGUCAAUUGUGCCUGAAUCGCCCGGUUCGCCUUCUGCAUCUGACUCACCGCCUCACCAAGUCGCCGAAGCGGCUGGGAGCCCUGAUAUGCCAGACAGCAGUAAUGAGCUCAUGAAUGGGGUUGAACAAGAAUCACCGGGAGAGGAAGAUGGCGCUGGAAAGGAGACCUCUGCAGACGACCCAGCGCUAUCCGGUUCCGACGAGGAUGCAGCCACUCCCAAGAACCGCUCGCGCCCCGCGGCAUCGAAAACGGAGACUCGCAGUAGAAAUGGGGAGUUGGAUGCACACACAGAGUCUCAGGAUCAGCAUAUGGAAAAGAACACUGCCAAGGCGGUCACGCCUGGGUCCUCCGCCAAAAGCCCCGGGCAACGACCAAGCACUAAACGAAAAGCAAAACAACCAUUUUUCGAACGCGAGGAGGAGGAGAAUGCAAAUGCAUUCUCUGAGCUACCUCCUGACGAUGCCGUGGUCCAACCCAGCCCGACAGGAUUGAAGCGAGCCCGGAAGUCGGCGACAGCCGCAGCCAAGUCCUCGGAGGCAAGCCAAGGGCCAAAGAAGACGAAGAAGGCAAAGAAGAAGUCUAAGGAUCGUCCAGUCGGCGAUGCUACGGUUGAGGAUCCGGAGGAUGCAGCCGCUCCGGCGAAGUCGCAAUAUCGAUCGGGGCCGCUUUCGAAAACAGAGCAGGCCCAAGUCAUUGCUGCGGUUGAGCGUUUUCGGGAGGCCGAGAAUAUGACAGAGCAAGAGAUCAAUCAGCUCAUCCGCGAAAAUCCGCAGAAGAGUGGUCAGUCGAUUCACCGCCAAUUCUGGACAUCCAUUCAGGAUGCCUGUCCCUCAAGGCCACGACAAAAGUUGAUCAACUGGUGCCGCUUGCAGCAACGUUUUCACGACUUUCCAAAGCGCGGCACCUGGACAAAAGAGGAGGAUGAUGAGCUGGCACGCCUGGUAGAGCUCCACGGCAGGAAAUGGAGUAUGAUUGCUGGCAUGAUCAACCGCCACCACAGGGAUGUCCGCGACAGGUGGAGGAAUUACCUGGUCUGUGGCGAUAAAGUCAAGAAGGACGUAUGGUCCGAUGGUGAAGAGCAGCGCCUCAGGGACCUGGUUGAGGAAUCCGUUGAGAUGAUCCAAAAGGACCUGAGGUCGAGUCAAAAGAGUGGCAAAAAGAGUGCCAAAUCCGCCGAGGAACUCAUCAACUGGCAGCACAUUAGCGAAUCCAUGGGACGUACUAGAUCUCGAUUGCAGUGUCAGGAGAAAUGGAAGCGGAUUCGGGCUGCCGAGCCGCUUCACGCCGAGGUCCCUACGGUGUUACCGUCCGGCAACUCCUGGCGGCUUCAAAAGGCUCGCAUGGAGUUGCGAAGGAUGACUGCGAAAGACAAGCAUACUCUAAUGUGCGCAGUCCGGGACUCGAAAGCACCAAAGGAGACCAAAAUCCCAUGGAAACAUAUCGUCCGUACCGUCUUUGGAGGAAGGUAUGAACGGCAGGCGCUGGUGGUUACGUGGGGCAGGCUGAGACAAGCGGUGCCUGGUUGGGAGCAGAAGACAACCUUCGAGUGCGCCGAGCAUCUAUGCGAGCAGUACGAGAAGGAGGGCAACUUUGGCGUCGAGGCGGAUGGGGACAACCAGGCUUCUGAACGGGUUGACUCCGACCAGGAAUCAGACCAUGCCAAGGAAAACGGAGAGACGAUCAAUGAGACCGCCCCGUCGUCCCCGGCAAACGCCCCAAAAACUCUCCCCGAGGCCCGGAAGAAAUCGCGCAAAAGGCCCAAGAAUAAUGAGAUAAACGGGACCGCCCCAUCGUCUCCGGCAGAUGCUCCGAAAACCUCCCCAGAGUCUCGGCGAAAAUCGCGCGCAAAGCAUAAGGAAAAUGAGUUGCCAUUACCCCCCAUUGCCAGCAUCAGUUCGCUGGAGUCGGGAGGGCCGCGUCCCGGCCUCAAAGUCCUCAAGAAGGCUAGACGAAGCGAUGUCCCACCUUCCCCCGCUGUCUUGGGCAGCCGCGUCGACGACAUUGAGGACAGUGGGCCGGCGUCUGCGGGCUCGCAUGGCUCGCCCAACGAGCAGCAGACGGAUCGUGCUGAGAGGGAUGGCAGCCCUGAGCUCGGCACCCAACUGCCCGACCUGUCGCCGAGCGUUGAAGCACAAGCAGCUCGAAACAGAAUGCGCCAGCACAAAGCCAGGGCUGCGGAAAGGAUGGAGUAUGUUUCGCCGCCGGAGGACCAGGAAACUGACACCAAGACUCCAAAGCGACGGCGCCGUAGCUCUGCGUCUGAUAAGAGUGUCAGGAGCCCGAAGUCCAAGCGGCGGAACGCGGCUGUGGUGGCGGAGCUGGAUAGCAUUGAGGAGCCGGAUACUGAUGCAGACGGGCGAGAGACGACCACGGCCCAAAGGCGGGGUUUGAGUGUCAUUAGUAGCGACAUGGAUGACAUGGAGGAUAUACCAGCGACGUUGCCCACGCCGAGCCAGGGGGUGAAUUAGUGUGUGUUUUGUGAGUUUGGGGUUGGACUUGGAAUGGUAGAUUUACGUCAGUCUUGAGGCUUUGACAAGGGAGGUCAUUCGAUGGCGGAUAUGGGGGUAGUUUAAGGGUCAAUUUAAUGCAUUGCUAGAAAGGUUGCAAAUCGGGUUGCCGGAAUCGAGCUUUUCAGGCUUCAUGUUUGUUUUUGUUGCGUUCUCGGUGAUAACUCUCAAUUUUGCCUGGGCUAGAUUACCGCAAGACAAACAGUAACUGUACAGUACAUAAUACCUGCCUGAGAG